AUGGCGGACGAGAGACCGGUAGUUGUCGACAAUGGUACCGGUGUGAGUGUAGCGUGCUCGCAUUGGCUUGGCCGAUCACCAUGUAGGCAUGCAUCCCACUGACACUAUUCACAAUUCGCCCUUUCGCGUCGCAGUUUGUAAAGGUCGGAUAUGCUGGGUCGAAUUUUCCCGAGUUCGUCUUUCCUUCCAUUGUGGGCCGGCCCAUCCUGCGCGUGGAAGAGAAGGACGCUGCCAAUGCGGAAAUCAAGGAUAUCAUGGUCGGGACGGAAGCCGCUGCUAUGCGUAAUUACCUCCAAAUCUCUCAACCCAUGGAACACGGUAUUGUCAAGGACUUUGGUGACAUGAGACAUGGUAAGUAGCCAAGGUCGAGCUCGUGCAGACGGAUACAGGCGCCGAGCAGCCAAGCUUGGAAGCGGCAUCUUCUCAUGGAUUGCUCAUGCUUCACCCAUGUCUAUCCGAACCAGUGUGGAACUACACUUUUGACGAGAAGCUGCGAUUGGAUCCACGGGGACGAAAGAUCCUUCUCACCGAGCCUCCAAUGAACCCAAAGAGGAAUAGGGAGGAAAUGUGCCAGAUCAUGUUCGAAGAGUAUGGGUUUGAAGGAGUCUACGUUGCUAUCCAAGCAGUAUUGACUUUGUAUGCGCAAGGUUGGUACACGUGCCGAUCCCUUCUUUGCGUCUCAUCGUGCGUAGGCCCUUCUUGCUGACCGAAUCUUUUGCGCUCGCAGGGCUUCAAACCGGUGUUGUUGUAGACUCUGGAGACGGUGUCACCCACGUCGUGCCUGUAUACGAAGGUUUUGCUCUUCCUCACCUCACCAGAAGGCUGGAUGUUGCAGGUCGCGAUGUGACGAGGUAUUUGAUCAAGCUGCUCCUGCUGCGUGGCUACGCGUUCAACCGGACAGCGGACUUUGAGACUGUCAGACAAAUCAAGGAGAAGCUCUGCUUCAUGAGGUGAGUGCAGCCUCCGCACAUAACGCAAUUCAACGCAGCUUUCGCUUACUGCGACGAGGCAUUGCUCAGCUACGAUCUUGAUCUCGAUAAAAAGUUGGCGGAGGAGACUACUACGCUCGUGGAGAACUACACUGUAAGUUGCACUUGAUGGCCUUUGCUCUCGUCGCGCACACGUUCUUAGUUCCCUAUCCACGUCGCAGCUUCCCGAUGGGCGCGUCAUCAAGGUGGGCUCGGAGCGAUUCGAGGCACCCGAGUGCAUGUUCCAGCCACACUUGGUAGACGUGGAACAGCCUGGCGUUGCAGAGCUGCUCUUCAACACCAUUCAAGCAGCUGCAGUGGACACCCGUGCAGAUCUUUACAGACACAUUGUGCUCUCUGGUGGAUCGUCAAUGUACCCCGGGUUGCCUUCCAGAUUAGAGAAGGAGAUGAAGCAGCUCUAUCUCACUCGGGUUCUCAAUGGUGAUGGCGAGCGUCUCAAGGUGGGUGUGACUUGAGGAAAGCGCUUGUGAUUCAAGUCCGCGCACUGCCCGGCCGCUGACAUGAUCACCGCACCCCAAUGCUUGACACCGACGCAGUCUUUCAAAAUCCGCAUCGAGGAUCCACCUAGGCGCAAGCACAUGGUGUUCCUCGGUGGUGCAGUGCUCGCAGACAUCAUGAAGUCGCGCGAGGAGUUUUGGGUCAGCAGGGCCGACUGGUACGAGCAGGGACCUGCAGCACUGGACAGACUGGGCCGGCACGCGUGA